AUGCCCCAGUGCCCCCCGGCGGACUCGGGGACCAUGGCUUCGCUGAUGCCCCUCUCCCCGUAUCUGAGCCCCACGGUCCUCCUGCUGGUCAGCUGUGACCUGGGCUUCCUGAGAGCAGACCGACCUCCCUCUCCUGUGAAUGUGACGGUCACUCACCUCAGAGCCAACUCUGCUACUGUGUCCUGGGAUGUCCCAGAAGGCAACAUCGUCAUUGGCUACUCCAUUUCCCAGCAACGACAGAAUGGCCCCGGGCAACGUGUGAUCCGGGAGGUGAACACCACCACCAGGGCCUGUGCUCUCUGGGGUCUGGCUGAAGACAGUGACUACACAGUUCAGGUCAGGAGCAUCGGUCUUCGGGGUGAAAGUCCCCCGGGGCCCCGGGUGCACUUCCGAACUCUCAAGGGCUCUGACCGGCUGCCUUCCAACAGCUCCAGCCCAGGAGACAUCACAGUGGAGGGUCUAGAUGGAGAGCAGCCACUGCAGACUGGGGAGGUGGUCAUCAUUGUGGUGGUGUUGCUCAUGUGGGCAGCUGUAAUUGGGCUCUUCUGCCGUCAGUAUGACAUCAUCAAGGACAAUGACUCCAACAACAACCCCAAGGAGAAGGGAAAGGGGCCGGAGCAGAGUCCUCAGGGAAGGCCAGUAGGGACAAGACAGAAAAAGUCACCAUCUAUCAACACCAUCGAUGUUUGAACUGCGUUUGAGUGGGAAAAAAAUGGAACCAGAAGAGAGCUGCACUAACAACAUGGGGAUGGGGAUGGGGUCAGGGAGAGCCUAAGAUGGUGAUCUGCCCAAGAUUCCCAGAGAGUAAUGCAUUUCCACGAUCUCAGGCUGGUGCCCAUCCUCUUUCCACUGUGAGUAGGGCCAGAAGGUAGGUCUGUUAGAGUCUGCACCCUGGGCCUGGAGAGUGGAUGUCGGAUGGAACAUCUCCUUCCAUUGCCUGGGUCCAGGGGAGAGUCACAUGUUUAACCCUAUCCCAUUAGGUCCCAAAUAGGGGCCCCAUUUCACCUACAUCAAGACACUUGGCAUCCCCUGAUACCCCGACAUCUUGCCGCUGGGCCUCAGAGAGGGAUGUUUUUAUGAGUACUCACCCUCCCCCAGGAAAUAAAAGGAAUCACCUGGGCCUAGAGGCGGAUGUUACACUGCACUACUCCAACGUCUUCCAUGGAGCCUCCGGUGCUCCCCUUCACUUGGUAGCCCCCCCAGCUGCUGGUGAUCUCACCUUGGACAUUUUUCCAAUAAAAGUUCUCGAGCAAACUGGA